UCUCCCGCAUCCCUCCAUCCCUCUGCCGCAGCCGCAUCGCCACCGCAGCCCUGGUACAGCCGAGCCCGGCCCAGGCCCCUGAUCCUACCCCUGUUCCGGCCAGGCUCGGUCCCCUGCUCCCUUCCCUGGGGAACCCAGGUGGCUCAGGUAGCCCUCUAGUCCCCAGGCUCCGGGGAACCCCUGCGCCCCCGGCCCGUGCCCCCUCACAGCUUAGGCAGGAGGGAGAGACGAGGAAGAGGAGGAGGAGCCGCCGCAAGAUGAAGGAUCGGACCCAGGAGCUGCGGAGUGCAAAAGACAGUGAUGAUGAAGAGGAGGUGGUACAUGUGGACCGGGAUCAUUUCAUGGAUGAGUUCUUUGAACAGGUGGAAGAGAUCCGAGGCUGUAUUGAAAAGCUGUCUGAGGAUGUGGAGCAGGUGAAGAAACAGCACAGCGCCAUCUUGGCCGCCCCCAACCCUGAUGAAAAAACCAAACAGGAGCUGGAAGACCUGACUGCAGACAUCAAGAAGACGGCCAACAAGGUUCGAUCCAAGUUGAAAGCCAUCGAGCAAAGUAUCGAGCAGGAGGAAGGACUGAACCGGUCUUCCGCUGACCUUCGUAUCCGAAAGACCCAGCACUCCACACUGUCUCGGAAGUUCGUGGAGGUGAUGACCGAAUAUAAUGCAACGCAGUCCAAGUACCGAGACCGAUGCAAGGACCGGAUCCAGCGACAACUCGAGAUCACCGGAAGGACCACAACCAACGAGGAGCUGGAGGACAUGCUAGAGAGUGGAAAGCUGGCCAUCUUUACGGAUGAUAUCAAGAUGGACUCACAGAUGACCAAGCAGGCUUUGAAUGAGAUUGAGACAAGGCACAAUGAGAUCAUCAAACUGGAGACCAGCAUCAGGGAGCUGCACGACAUGUUUGUAGACAUGGCCAUGCUCGUGGAAAGCCAGGGGGAGAUGAUCGACCGAAUUGAAUACAACGUGGAACACUCUGUGGACUAUGUGGAGCGGGCUGUGUCCGACACCAAGAAAGCCGUGAAAUAUCAGAGCAAGGCCCGGAGGAAGAAAAUCAUGAUCAUCAUCUGCUGUGUGGUGCUGGGGGUGGUGCUUGCGUCGUCCAUCGGGGGGACGCUGGGCUUGUAGACCUGUCCCCUCAUUUUCCCCUCAUCUCCCCAGAACCCUCUCACCAGAAUGGGAGCAAUACCCAUCCAUCCAUCCAUCCAUCCAUCCAUCCAUCCAUCCAUCCAUCCAUCCCCAGGCUUCCCCCAGCCCCUCCCCCUCCAUCCACUCCAGUCUCAGCCUCUAAGAUUGGAUCCAGGCAGUUCCCCCUCCCCCACCCACCGCCCAUAAUGUGGACCUGAGCAAUCCCCUCCCCAACCUGAAGUGGGACCCCCGUGUCUCAUGCCCCCCUCCCCCCGCAUGUAGAUUACAGCAGGCAUGAGCCCUUGCCACCUGCCUCUCCCCACACAGGCCUAGCACCAUAGGGGCCCACAUGCUGGCAAUGUGUAGGGUGGGCACGUGUGUACUCGGGUGUGCGUGCACGCUGGAUCCCCUCACCACCCCCCGCUCCCCUCCCCCAUUGUCCCAUCCCAUGCGUCUGCCUGUGGCCUGAGCUGUCGUAUACAUCGUGGCCAAGUGUAUCCCUCCAUCAAUCCCCGCCGUGUGCGUCCAAUACGGAUUGUAGGGGCUCUGAUAGUGGGAGAAGGUGCGGACAUGUACGUGGAUCUGUAUGCACACUCACCGGCACUGACCAAGUUUGUCUGAGGGACAGCUUCCGCAUCCACACACACACACACAUGCACGCACGCAGGUUUGUAUGCUUAUAAACUGUAGACGACAUCCUGUGAUGUGAACAUCCACCCUCGUCUAGCCCAUUCACCCAGGAUAUAUGGAUCAUAGGUCAGGGCGCAUAUGUGCUUGGUUACACACAUGGAGGCGUAAAUGAUGUGAGUUGGUAUGUAUAUAGUGACACGCUCAUUUCUUCCCAGCCAAGAGUAGGUAGCCACGUGUACACAUACACCUUCUUGCUCUGUUUAUCCACACAGUAUGCAGAUACCUAUUGUGUUUGUUGUAUUGCCAGUCUUUGUUUAAGCAGUAUGAAAAUUCACACACAUACACACACACACACACACACACACACACGCACGCACGCAUGCACGCAAAUAUGCCUCUAUACGAGAUGUACAUAAAUGACCUUUGCAUGUGUGUGCAUGCUCCCGCACACAGUUACCUCCAGGAGGGAUGUGUGGAGUGUGGUUGUAUGUUUUCCCCAGGCAGAGCCCACCACACUGUGUAUAUAACAUCUGUUUUUGUGGGCACAGAGAUAUAUAUUUCUAUGACCUA